AUGUCUGGUAAAGAGCAUACAGCAAGUGUUGUUAGUUCAUCUAGUCUUUCAAUCAAUCAAAGUUUAGAAGGACAUGCAGGUACUGUUUCAUUUGUGCAGUGGAAUGAACGGUAUGAGAAGCUUACAUCUUGUGAUACUAAUGGCUUUAUUAUGGUAUGGAUGGAGCAUAAAGGUAUAUGGUACGAGGAGAUGGUAAAUAACAGGCAGAAGUCAUUGGUGAAAGGAAUGGCGUGGAACCAUGAUGGUUCGAAGAUAGCCAUCACUUAUGAUGAUGGAGUUAUAAUUGUUGGUUCUGUUGAUGGGAACCGGAUAUGGGGCAAAGAACUGAAAGGAUUGAAUCUAACAUGUGUUGAAUGGUCACCAGAUGGAAGACUCCUGCUGCUUGGUUGUAACACUGGGGAGGUGCAUAUAUAUGAAUUUGGUGGAGCCUUUGUAGGAAAAGUUCCUUUGUCAGUUUUAACCGAUAACAAGAAAAAAGAUGACUUAAUAAUGAUAAGUUGGUUCAAGAAACAAAAAGACUGGGAUAUUCCUUCUCUUGCUAUUGUUUUUGAGAGUGGCUUGAUACAGCUGAUGAAAAAUGAAAAUGAUAAUAGUGCAGUUGUUGUUGACACUGGUCUGGUAAUUACAUCAGUAGAAUGGAAUCCUUUUGGGAGCAUUAUUGCUGUUGCUGGAAAGAAAGAUAAAGCUACACUUUCUGGAGAUGAAAAGUCACAUGAAGUAAAAUUUUUUAACCCCUGUGGAGAGAUACUUCAUGUACUUCGCUUUGGUGGAAGUAUUUGUGGUUUGUCUUGGGAAGGUGAUGGACAGCGGAUUGCACUUGCUGUAGAUUGUUAUAUUUUUUUUGCAACUAUACGCCCAUAUUAUAAAUGGUGUUAUUUUUCUAACACAUUAGCAUAUGCUUUUAACAAAUCACAAGAUCAAAAAGAAAGCACUAUUAUGUUUUGGAAUUCAAAUACAAAAGAGAAACAUAUAAAAUUAGUGAAGAAUCUUUCUGCAGUGACUGCAUGUGGGGAUUUUUGUUGCAUAGCGGCCAAGAAUGAUGAAAUAAUUAAAGAGUAUUCUUUGAUUGUGUGUAAUGGCAUUGGAUCCCCAAUUGAUUCCUGCAAUAUUAACUUGGAGCCUCAUUAUCUUACCAUGAAUCAUUCAGAUAUUUUCGCUGCCUCACGUAGUAGUUUCUGCAAGUUCCAUUUCCAUUCUCCAAAGAGUAAAACUUUGAUGAUGUUAAACGAAAAGCCUGGUUUAUCAGAAGAAAGAUGCACUGUGUAUGAAUAUCCAAAUAUUGGGCAGAACCCCAGUGAUACUCAGAAAAAUUUAAAUAGUAGACCUAUUUGUUGUAUCACAUGCAGUGACACCGUCCUAGUUCUGGGUGACACAUUUGGUCGUUUUUUUCUUCAUGCUUUACCUCAGGUAUAUCUUUAUCAUAUCAUUCAAAAUUCUCAACCUGGGAUUCCAUCAAAGAUAUCAUUGAAUUUGUCAUCUCAUGUAAUGGCAUGCAUUAAUAUUUAUGGAGAACUUACCUUCCAUGGAAUUAUGGAUUAUUGGGCUAAUCAAGAUAAUGCAUAUAAUGACAGUUCUACUACACACAGGAAAUUUUCUGAUUCAUCUUUCCCUUCAUCUCCAAGACUGACUGCAAACAUUUCUCCCCAAAGUCAUGAAGUUGAUAAAUCAAAGCUUGUUACAUCAGAUUUUGAUUUGCAGUUUCCUAAGAUGUCUGAACAUACUGAUAGUUCUAGCAGCAAAGUAGCAGGGAUGAUUGAUACUUUUGAUUCUCCUACUACUCGUACAUUAAAGUUUUCUUCACAGCUGGAUCACAUUUCUUCACAGCUGGAUCACAUUUCUUCAAAAUCGGCUGCAUCUUCACUAUUGCAUAACAUGGAGGCUUUAAAAAUAUCAUCAGAACAAAACAAAUCCUUGGCAGGAAAUACUGGAGAGAGCAGUUCUAUAGUUUCAUACAAUGAACAUAGAGAGGGAAAUGGUAUAAAAGGCACAACUGAUUUAUCAAAAUUAGAACAAAGGAGAGCUUUAGACAAUUCUAAUAACAGAGCCAAUUUAAAUGUUCAUAAGGCUGCAACUUUACCACCUGUUAUCUCUAAACCAUUGGCAUUUGAUAGGAAAUAUGCAUGGGACAUUGAAUGGGCUGCGGAUGAUGGGGAGAUGUGUGCAAUUAUGGAUAAAAUGCGCAUGUAUAUUUAUCGGGGCACAGAACCAGAGGAGCCAAUGACUUGUAUGGGAUACAUGUGCGAGUUUAAAGAUUUGGAAGUGACAGCAGUUCUUCUGUCUGAUUUAAUGCUAAAUCCAGAUGAUCCUGAUGAAAACUAUUUCUUCAGAAAUGAUGUUAAAUCUUUGAGAGAUACAAGAAAUUUAAUUGUCAAUGUUGGUCUUAAAGAUGCUGCUCAGUUCAUUGAAGAAAAUCCUCAUAAACGUUUAUGGCGAUUGCUUGCUGAAGCUGCAUUGUUGAAAAUGGAUUUUGCAACUGCUGAGUCCGCAUUUGUGAGAUGCAAAGAUUACCAAGGGAUUCAGUUUGUGAAAAGUAUUUUGGACAUCAAUAAUGAUACCAUAAGAAGAGCUGAAAUAGAAGCUUAUUUCAAAAAUUAUAAAGAAGUGGAUCAAAUAUACUUGGAAACAGAUAGAACAGCAUUAGCUAUUGAACUUCAUCGUUUAUUGGGGGAUUGGUUUCGAGUGUUUGAACUACUAAAAGGAAAUGUGUUACAAGUGAAAGAAAUGGAAGAAGCUUGGAAUGGUGUUGCUGAUUACUACUUUGAUAGACAGCAAUGGUCUGAAGCUGUCAAGUAUUAUCAAAAGGCACAUAAUGAUGAACGUGCUGCAGAAUGUUAUUAUAUUCUUGAAGAUUAUGCAGGAUUAGAAAACCUACUUAAUGUUUUGCCAGAGAAUCACAAGUUAUUAAAGGACCUUGGAGCUAUGUUUGCCUCUGUUGGAAUGUGUGAGCAAGCUGUUGGAGCUUAUGUAAAGUGUAACAAACUGAAUGCUGCUAUUGAAUGCUGCACAAAACUGAAUCAGUGGAGAAUGGCAAUUGGUUUGGCUCAAAAAUAUGAUAUCAAAGAUGUUGAUUCACUUCUUUCACAAUAUGCUGUCUACUUGAAGCAAGAGAAAUCCAUAUUUACCGUUGUUGAACUCUACAAGAAAGCUUGCAAAUUUUUGCAUGCUGCCCUUGUAUUAUAUAAGUUUGUGAAGGAAAUACCCGAAAAACUUACUGACCCCUUGCUUUUAAGGAAAAUUUAUGUUUUGAUUGCAAUUCUCGUGGAAGAGUACAAAGCUAAUCGGAAAGUUACAACUUUUGAUAGGAAUGAUAUAAAUGAUUUAGGCAAAAUUAUGGAAGAAGAAGUAUCUCUCCAAACUAUUGCUCCUUAUUUAAUUGAUGAUCCCUGGAGAGGUGCUAAGGCUUAUCAUUUCUUCAUGCUUGCUCAGAAGCAUCUAUAUCAAGGCUAUAUGGAUGCAGCUAUGAAAACAGCUUUGCAUCUCAGGGAAUAUGAAGAUAUUUUGAAUCCUGAAGAUAUUUACUCCCUUUUAGCAUUAGCAAGUUGUGCAAAUAGAGCUUUUGCUACUUGUUCGGCAGCUUUUAUGCGACUGGAAUCAUUAGAAAAUAUAUCACAUGAAAAAAAGGCUAAAUAUGCAUCUUUAGCUGCAGAAAUUUUUAUCAAGCAUCCACCGAAAGAUAGUCGAAGUAAUUCUAUUCAUUGCCGGGGAUGUGCAGAAAAUAUUCCUGAUUGGUAUUCAUGCUGUCCUAGUUGUGGCAUUAGUUUUCCCGUAUGUGUUGCAUCUGGAAGGCCCAUCAUGAAUCCCAGUUUACAAUGGACUUGUUUACAAUGCCACCAUUCUGCAUUUAAACAGGAAAUGCUUACUCGAUCUUGCUGUGCCUUAUGCCAUUGCGUGUUAUCAAUACCAGUUUAAUAUCAUAAACUAUGUUGUAGUUCAUUAGUUUGAUAUCUUAUGAACUACAUCACUAGUGUAACUACCAUAUUGAGCUUUAUUUUGUAUAAAUUCUGAAUGAAUUUUAAAGUACAUUUUUACUGUUUAUAAAUGCAGGAAAAAUAUGGGAUGCACUCAAAAGUUUUCAGAUACUUAAUGCAUGAAAACAGGUAAAAAUGAAAUAAUUACUGCUUCUUUUCAAAACCUACACUAAAACUGUUAAGUUAUGUAAUCAUGUACUGAAACCAUUUUCAAGACAACCGAAACUUUAAUCUUAUCUGGUGUGUAUUCGAAUUGUUCAUAGCUGCUGCAGCUUCAUCAGGUGGUAGAAACUCAUCGAAGGGCUGGGAGACAAACUAAAUCUUCUGAAUCCAAAUUAAAUGAAUACAGUAGAUAUCAUAUAAUAACUUAUUUUUUUGGUUGCAGAAAUUCCGCAGUUCUUGCAACUGUAUGUAAAGGCACAUUGGUGUGUUUAUCACAAGCCAUAUUCUGGUCUCAGUUUGGGCCAUUUUUCAAGAAUAUGAAUAUGUAAACUCUUACAUACUAUUAUGAUUUCGAUGUAACUUGUGAAUUCAACAUCACCAUUAAAAGCUGGCUUCAUUUAGGAUCAAAAGACAUUUCAUACAUAUAUUUUCCUAUUUCAUGUCCUUCAGCAAUUUCCAGACAUUUCAAUUUUUGUGUUGUUUAAUAUUUUUUUAAUGUUAAUUUGCACCAUUUCACCAUUUGGAAAUUAAGAUGCUCUUGAAGAAUAGGGUAGACUCUUCCCAAUUUAAUCUUUAAGGUAUCCAUCAUAUGGAUAUAGAAGAUAUGACAUCCUUGAUUCAUUAGAUUUUCUACAGCAACAGCAUUCUUUGCUAUGGCUAAAGUGGAUAGAUGGUCUUCUGUAGAGUUAUUCACAAGUUUAACUCUUUCAUAACAAAGUCACUUGAAAUGCCUGAACUUUCAGAUAUCAGCAGGUUACCUGAACAUCUGCGUCUGUUUUCUACCUGGUUCUUUCUGCCAUCAGGUAAGUACGUGGCUCAUUAGUUUCGGCAGUUGUUAAAUGACAUCCCAAUCAUUCUUCUGAAGUGACUAAAAGUAGCUCUGUUACUUGAAUACACUUUCCCUCUCCUUUGUUUAGCUAUUGAUGCCCAUAGUUGCAAUCCUGUCCCUAAGGGAAACUGUAAAAUAAAACUAUCUCCAAAAUAAAUCUAAUUUAAAUUAAAUUAGUUUUAUUUUGGAGAUCUUUAGAUGUCCAAAAUAAAACUAAUUGCUUCACAUAAGUAGGUUACUGUUGAUGCUGUAGCAUUCUACGUGGCAUGGGGAAAGGAAAUCCAUUCCAACAAAAAUUGAUAUAUACAGGCAUUUCAGAUAUUUGAGAGAAACAGAUUUUAGCCUCUAUCUAUGCGAAAGAGUUAAAAUAAGUGCACUAUCUAAAUACUGCGACACUAAGAUAAGAAUCUUUAUCUUUCAGACAUGAUGGUAAUCUUCUAUAAUAUUCUUCUGAUGUAACUUUUUGAAGCCUUGUAAACAUAAAGCUAAAAAAUCUUUUAAUUAUCAGUGCUGUUUUAAGAUUCUGAGUGUCUUAGGCAUCCCUUGUGGCCAUCUAGUUAAAAAGCAGUUUUGAACCAGGAAGUUGUGGCAUAAUACUGUAACAUGCUGAAAGUAUGAACUAAAAAUGUAUGGUGAUAUUUCGUUUAUGCACGCCUAAAUUAUUAACAUACGGUGAUAUGAUUAUUGAUAAAUUUUGAAUAUCUUGGAACCUUUUGAGUGCUUUGUCUAGCAUAUUGAUGUUCAUUUCUGCAUUUCGUGACCCAUUGAACAUAAAUCUUCAUCUUUCACUCUUCUUUUUGGGGGGUGGAGAUAUUAAAUUCAUGCAUAUUGCCAAGGCCAUCCCCAAAUUCUGGAAAAAAAGUGCAUCUUUUCUGCUAAAUUUGAGAAAUACAAUGAUGUGAUUUAGAGAGAAAGGAGAGAUACUCUUGUUUAUCACUAUAUGUUCAUCCAUUUGGAAAAUUAAGUUUAGCUUAAUGGUAUGAAAUACAACUUAUUGCCCAUUUGCACAGUAUGGAUUAUUUUUACGAGCAAAGGAAACUGGAAUAUUUUCUAGUAUGUAAAUGUUCCUAAAAUAUCUAACAUUCCACUCUGCUUUUCAUAAUUCUUCAUGAUGUAAAAUGGCAGAUAAAAUAAUUUAUAUUGUAGCUAUACAAAUUUAUAAUGAUUAUCAUUGUAAUAUAUUUACAUGAUUUUUAUAAUAUAACUUUAAAAGCAAAGGACUCACAGUAUGAUAGACUGGAUUUGCAAUAGUAUUUUUAUCUGAAGCUUUUUCAUUUUGGAUUUUGGAAUUAAGUAGUUUUAAAAUGUUUUUUUUAUUUGAUGAUGGACUAGCUUGUAUUUCUGGUCUUGGAUUUUAGACCUAGUAUGAUUUCAAAUAAAAAAUGACAGGUAUGUAUUGUUUUUGUUUUCUGUUUAUCAUAACUGCAUAUCUUGUUAUGUUUGUCUUAUAUUUGCAUAUUUUUAUGUGGUAAUUGUGUAAAUGUGAUAGUCAUAAAUGUUGUAUAUAUUGAUUUUGUUUUAAAAGAAAUAUGUAUUUUAUUUUGCUGUUUAUUAAUUUUAACAUUUCAUUAAAAUUUUUAUUAAUAAAAUUUUUAAAGUUAAAAUGCCA